AUGAAAGCUUACCGUGACCCUCACGGCCAGAUCCAAAUCUUUCGACCCAGGGACCACGCAGCUCGUCUCGCCCUUUCUUGCUCCACUAUUGCCAUUCCCCCUAUCCCAGAGAGGGUCUUCCUAGCCAGCAUCAACCUGGCAGUGGUCCGUAAUGCCGAGUAUGUCCCUCCCCAUGACUCCGAGGCUGCGUUGUACAUCCGACCUCUGGUGUUUGGUUCGGAAGCCUUCUUCGCCGUCUCUGCCGGCACUGGCUACCGGUUCUGCGUGUAUGUGCAGCCCUACAAGGCAUAUCAUGGCGUUCAGCCCCUGCCAGCGCUAGUGUUGGAAGAAUUGGACCGUGCUGCUCCCCGGGGCGUGGGGCAUGUCAAGGUCGGGGGCAACUAUGCUCCCGUGCUGAAGUGGAGUGAUCAGGCCCGCGCUGAGGGAUUCCAUAUCACUUUGCAUCUCGACAGUCGAACACAGUCGCAGAUUGACGAGUUCAGUACCUCUGGGUUCUUGGGAUUGAAGAAGACUGGGGACUCAUUCACAUUGGUGGUACCCAGUAGUCCGUCAAUUCUGAGGAGUGUCACCAGCACGUCUUGUGUUGAAUUGGCACGGUCCUUUGGAUGGACUGUCGAAUUGCGACCGAUCCCGUAUUUGGAGCUGCCCCACUUUACAGAAAUCCUCGCAGCGGGAACGGCGGCGAUGGUCGUCCCGAUCCGGUCGAUCACCCGACGGUCUACAGAGGAUGUUUUCACUUAUGCGGUUGAUGGUCCUGGUGAGGCUUGCCAGCGUCUCUCGAAGGCAUUGUUGGAGGCGCAGAAGGGUAUAGCUAGUAAUGACGGGGACUGGCUCUGGCCUGUGACGGCAGAGUCAGAUUAG